CACUACUCAAAUCAAUCAAUCAAAUCACUGAAUUGAAGAGUUGAGGGCCGCCAUAUCCCUAUCCCAUCAUCAUCACCCUAUUAUCAUCUCCAUCACCAAAACCUAAUAACAACCACCAUGUCUUCUUCCAUUUCUUCCUCUUCCUCCUCCCCCUCCUCCACCAUCACCACCCCCGCUUUUGCUCCCGACAACAACCACCACCACCUAUCCCCCGCCGGCGAGGAGCUCUGCUACGUCCGUUGUAGUUACUGCCAGAUCGUCCUCGCCGUGAGUGUGCCAUGCUCGAGCAUGUUCAAGACGGUGGCGGUUCGUUGCGGCCACUGCACCAACCUUCUCUCCGUCAACAUGUGUGCCCUCCUCCUCCAGCCCGCCUCCAACCAGCUUCACCUUCCCCAUUCUUUCUUUACUCCCCAGAAUCUCCUGGAUGAGAUUCGGAACACUCCGCCGGGCCUGCUGAUGAACCCGCCUAACUAUAACGACUCGAUGCUGCCGAUCCGAGGGUUUGAUGAACUUCCUAAGCCUCCUGUGGCUAAUAGACCCCCGGAGAAGAGACAGAGGGUGCCAUCAGCUUACAACCGCUUCAUCAAGGAUGAGAUCCAGCGUAUCAAAGCAGGAAACCCUGAUAUUAGCCACAGGGAGGCCUUCAGUGCUGCUGCUAAGAAUUGGGCCCACUUCCCUCACAUUCAUUUUGGACUCAUGCCUGAUCAGCCCGUGAAUAAACCCAACGCAUGCCAACAGGAAGGGGAUGAUGUGCUGAUGAAAGAAGGGUUUCUGGGUCCAGCAAAUCUGGGUGUGUCUCGUUAUUGAUUUAUUAUUAUUUUUACGCUUGUUAUUAUGGUCGAUUAUAUCCACACUCCUCAUCGAUCCAUCCUACGCCGUUGAUUAAUUAUUAGUUUCUUGGAAUUAAAACUCUCGUCAUAUAAAAUGGGAGUGUUUUUCUAAGCAUGCAUUUGUAUGUAUGUUGUCUGUGUUUCAAGAUCCAAAGACUACUUAAUUACGUACUGUGGACGACAUUGUUCCAUUGCUGUGUGGUUGUCGGACCAAACUGUUUGAUUUGUUUAUUGUCUUCUUCAUUCCUGAAUUCAUAUCACGCUUUCAUUUACUUCCUGU